ACAACAGCUUCGCUUCACUUGAGGUCGUCACUGAUGAUGUUACCUAGCCAGGUCAGAUCUCAACAGUCAGAAGUGGAAAGAGUGUUGGAAAUAAAACAAAUAAGCUACAAACUGAUCGAUGUUUCAGUCAGUGAAGAAAUCCUGGAAGAGAUGAGGAAUAGGACAGGCAAUUCCACCGCUCUUCCACCACAAAUAUUCAAUGAUGAUUGCUACUGCGGGGAUUACUGGCAGUUUUAUGAUGCUGUGGAGAACGAAGAGAUUGAUCACUUUUUAAAACUGAAAGAGAAAGAGAAGUUUGACUGUAAAGUUUCAACUGUCUGCAAUGAAAAUUAUACUGCGGAAAGCUGA